AUGGACUUGGAAUGUGUCGGGAAAAACUGCCCAUGGAGGGUGUACGCUGUAAGGAUGGAAGGGAUAGAGUGGUUUCAGAUCAGACGUGCCCGGCUUGACCACAACUGUACCAUUGACGAGCGUGGCCGCUUUCAUGUGCAAGCUAAGACAAGUGUGAUUGGAGAUUUGUUCAAAAAAAAAUACGCCAGUGGUGUCGGACCCCGACCUAAUGAACUACGGGAGCUUAUGCGUGAUGAUCAUGACGUCCCAAUAUCAUACUGGAAGGCGUGGAGGUCUAGAGAUUUAGCAAGGGACACAGGGUUGGGAACUGCUGGCAAUUCUUACAAGGUGCUACCCAUCUACCUACAACGCUUGGUUAUGUCAAACCCCGGUACAGUUGUUUCCCUAGAAACGGAUUACGAUGAGGGAGUGGGCCAAAGGUUCAAAUAUCUGUUCUUCACAUUGGGGGCAUGCCUCAAUGGUUAUCCCUAUAUGCGCAAAGUCCUCAUAAUCGACGGCGCCCACCUUAAAGGAAAGUACACAGGCUGCCUGCUCACCGCGAGUUGUCAAGACGGAAACUACCAGCUUUACCCAGUGGCUUUUGGGAUAGUGGAUGGAGAGAACGAAAAGGCAUGGAGUUGGUUUUUCCGGAAGUUGCAGGAAGUGGUGCCGGACAGCCAUGAUCUCGUUUUUGUGUCUGACCGGCAUAACUCGAUCUUUGCCGGCCUCCGAAAGGUGUAUCCAAUGGCACAGCACUGUGCUUGUGUUGUGCAUCUCCAGCGUAACGUCCAGUCGAUCUUCAAGAAGAAGCAUCUCAGCUAUUUGGUGUCUCAAGCUGCGAGAGCUUACCUACCUUCCCAAUUCUAUGAACUAUUUGACCAAAUUCGAGCUGUGGACUCAGGUUGUGCGGACUAUUUGACAGCUAUUGGAUUCGAACAUUGGACGAGGGCUCACUUCAACAGUCUCCGGUACAACAUCAUGACCAGCAAUGUAGCUGAAUCCCUCAACAAUGUGCUCGCAGCUGCACGGGAUUACCCAAUUGUGCCAUUGAUCGAGUACAUUAGGGCAACUCUGAUGGGUUGGUUUAACACUCGUCGUACCCUCGCUUCGGAGAUAAGUAACACGCUAACCCCAAAGGUAGAGGAGAUCCUAGCUACUAACUUUGAACUGUCAACAGGGUUUUCGUUCCGUCGGAUAAAUCAAGAUGAAUUCGAGGUCCGGAACAAAGAGGGUGUUCCUUUCCUGGUUAACCUGGAGACGCAGGCAUGUAGCUGUCAUGAAUUCCAGAUGUUGCUGAUCCCUUGCUGCCAUGCUAUAGUCGCAGCUUUGAGAUCAGAGACAAGGGUUGACUCAUUGGUUGGAAUUGAAUACACCACAGCUUUUUGGAACAAGGCCUACGAGUGCAGCAUCUACCCCGUAACAAUGUCUGCGCCAACUCUUCCCGUAGGCGACGACUUCUCAUCUCUUAACCUGAAGCCACCUAACACCCGCCGCCCGCCUAGGAGGCCUCGCAAAACGCGCAUCCGCUCUCAUGGAGAAUUUGGGGGUGGAUUACCGAGGCGUUCAAACAUCUGUGGUCGAUGUGGUAGCUUCGGCCAUAACCGCGCCUCUUGUAAGAUGCCGAUAUAG